AACUGUACGAAACGUUUGCAUCAGUUUGCAUGUCGGGCGGGUCGAGUGGAUGAUGUAGAAAUCGGCAACUAUAACGGUUUUUAGCGUUAAAAUCUGUGAAAUACAUUUUACUACGGAAAGUGAAUACGUCGUAUUUACAAAGUAGCACAAUGAUGUCUGACCGAAAAGCUGAAUUAGAAAGAAAGAAGGCAAAGCUCCAAGCUAUUAGAGAAGAAAAGGAAAGACGCAGAAGAGAAAAGGAACAGAAAGAUGUUGAGGAAGCUACGGUCCGUGCUGCAGGUGCAGAUAAAGAUCAUCGUAAGGAGUUGGAUGCUAUGCUAUCAUCUUUGGGUGUAGCUCCAGUGUCAGAUGUAUUAUCCAGUUUAUCUAGCAUGAAUUCAUUAACUCCAGAACAAAGUGCUAAUGCUACUCCUGAUGCUAGUUUGCAACCAUCUAGUAUAAAUUCUGCUCAAAGUAGUGCUGGAAGAAGAAAAAAUCGAGAACUUACAAUAGUGUCUGUGGCGCAUACUAAUAUUCCACCAAAAGAACCGGUGGUCUAUAAUAAACAAACACAAACAAUUCAAACAACGCACACAUCUCAUGACGGCUACUUUGAGAUUGACUGGUGGCGUCCCAGGAAAGGUGGGUCUGCACCAAACUACCUAUCUCAUGCAUUCGACUAUUACGACGAGUACAAUCUAAAUCCUGGUUUAGAAUGGGAGGACGAAUUUACAGUUUUGACAUUUGAUGAUGGCCAAGCUGAAGAUGAAGAGAACAGUUUGCCGCACAUGGACGGUUUCCAAAGCAAGCUCCCUCCUGGGAUUCUUCCGCAUGGUUUGCCGCAAGUUAAAGAAGUGCAACCCGCCGUUACGCAAGUGGAGCAAGAAAAGGAAAAAGAGAACCCUAAAGAAGUACGAGAACUCAGCGAAGAAGAGAAGCAGAUGAUUAUACUGUCUGAAGACUUUCAACGAUUUCUUGAUCGCACAAGUCGAAUUGUAGAAAGGGCAUUGGGCGAAUCAGUCGACAUUUAUACGGAUUACACUGGUAAUUUGGAUGGCGAAGAUGGAAUGGAUGAGAAAAGUCAUCAACGUUUAUGGUUAAACCGAUCGUUCUUUUGCGAUCGAUGGUCUCGUAAUCGUUGCGUAACUUCUAUGGAUUGGUCACCACAGUUUCCAGAACUGCUCGCGGCCUCUUACAACAAUAAUGACGAUACUCCAAAUGACCCUGAUGGGGUUUGUUUAGUUUGGAAUACAAAGUUUAAGAAAACAACGCCAGAAUUUAUUUUCCAUUGUCAGUCUCCAGUUUUGUCGGUCACGUUUGCGAGAUUUCACCCAAAUCUAAUCUUAGGAGGUACUUAUUCUGGGCAAAUUGUUCUUUGGGACAACAGAGUGCAGAAGAGAACUCCUAUUCAACGGACCCCACUGUCAGCAAGUGCUCACACGCAUCCUGUAUACUGUUUAAACGUUGUUGGAGCCCAAAAUGCACACAAUUUGAUAAGCAUUUCAACUGAUGGAAAAGUGUGCUCGUGGAGUUUAGAUAUGUUGUCGCAACCACAGGAGAGACUAGAAUUGCACACUAAACAAUCAAAACCAAUCGCUGCGACUUGCUUAGCGUUCCCACAUGGCGAUGUUAACAACUUUGUUGUAGGAAGUGAAGAUGGAAAUGUUUACUCCGCUUGUCGUCAUGGUACGAAGGCUGGAGUCUUAGAAACAUAUGAAGGUCAUCUAGGACCAGUUACUGGAAUUAGUGCCCAUGCAGUACAAGGUGGAAUAGAUUUUUCCCAUUUGUUCUUAACAUCGUCCAUCGACUGGACUAUUAACCUAUGGAGUCUUAAAGAGAACAAACCCCUGUACUCUUUCGAGCAUAAUGGUGACUAUGUUUAUGACGUCGCUUGGUCUCCCACACAUCCGGCACUGUUCGCUGCUGUAGACGAUUCAGGCAGAUUAGAUUUAUGGAAUCUUAAUCAAGAUACAGAAGUGCCUACAGCCAGUGUCAUGAUCGACGGAUGUCCAGCUGUUAACAGAGUUUCUUGGACUCCAAGCGGUUUACAUGUAACUGUAGGUGAUGAUACUGGAAAAAUUUGGGUAUAUGAUGUUGCUGAGCAUUUAGCACAUCCAAGAAUUGAUGAGUGGAAUAAGUUUUUGUACACGCAACAAGAAUUGAAGAACAACAAUGCAGACGAAGAGUUAUAUAAACUUAACAUUAGGGAACCAACGUCUUUAAGUUCUAAACAUCCUCUCCAAUCGUUGGGUCCUCUUAGAUAAAAUAACUACUUUGUCUAGAUAAUAUUACUAUGUUCAAGUUAAAUACCUUAAACCUUAUAAUCCCGUAAAUAUAAAGCAUAAUUAUAACAAAUUGUAAAAGAAGUAAGAAGAAAUUAUACUGCACUAAUUGUAAUUUAGAAAAUUAUGGACUACUCUGUAUAAAGUGUUAAACAGGUGAACACAUUUAUUAGUACUUCAUAUUUAUGCAGCUAUUGUGUACUCAAACGGCUAUAAAAUCAACAUGACCCGUAGAAACAGUUUAUUACUAAACAAAUUUAAUGCAGCACACAGUUAAGAAUAUGUGCAACAUAUCUUUGUAUAUAAAGAAUACCUACAAAUUACAUAUACACAC